CGGCAACUAUCGUUUUCGAAAAAGAUUUAGCUAAAUUCCGGUGUUUGUUUAAAAAGAGUUAUACUUAUACAGUGUCUCCUCUUCGGGAUACUUCCCAAAUUGAUUGUUCGCUUCGCACUGAUUCGAUAACACUUAUCUAACUUCCUACUUCUAACCUACAGGAAAUUGUGACAAGACUAACAAGACUGCAAUGGUGAAAAUUGAUGAUUUCAAACUCGCCUGUGAGUUGGCGGGGCACAAACUGGAUGUUCGCUCGGUGGCCGAAGGAAAGGGAUUUAUCGUUUCAGGUUCCCGAGACAAGACUGCCAAGGUAUGGAACGCGCUGGAUGGCUGUUACACCGAAACGGAAACGCUCCGGCAACACUCGAACUACGUCGGGGCCGUGCUGGUGAUCGAAGAGAACGAUUGGAUCUGCACCGCCAGUAACGACGGGACAAUCUGCGUUUACAAGUACCCAAGUGCCAUGGAACCGCUGGUGGUUUUGAAGGGACACACAUCUACGGUUUGCGCCCUGGCCAAGGGCAAUGCGGCCAAUGUUCUCAUUUCUGGCAGCUGGGACAAGAGCGCCAAAAUUUGGACCGAUGUUGGCGCUUCGUUGGCCAGUUUGACUCUGAUCGGUCACGAGGCAGCGGUUUGGGCUGUAGCACGACUUGCUUCCGGGAAAUACGCCACCGGGUCUGCCGAUAAGACCAUUUUCAUAUGGAACGAAAAGGGUGAAAAGUUGGUGGUUUUGAAAGGCCACAAGGAUUGUGUACGAGGCUUGUGUAGUCUGCCGAAGGGAGGCUUUCUGAGUUGUGCAAAUGAUGCCACCAUUCGCUAUUGGAGCGAAAGCUACGAAUGCGUUAAAGAGUUUCACGGGCACACGAACUACAUCUACAGUAUUGCCCGAAGUGACUUUUGGGGUGAAGAUGUGUUCAUCAGCAGCGGUGAGGACAGUACAAUUCGGAUGUGGAGUUUGAAGGAUGGAGCCCUGGGUGACGUUCUUCAGCUGCCUGCACAAUCGGUUUGGUCGGUUGCCGGAUUGAGAAAUGGCGAUAUAGUUGCUGGUUCAAGUGAUGCGAUGGUCAGAGUUUUCAGCUCAAACGCCGAUAGACAAGCCCCUCAAGAUGUGCAAGAUGCAUUCAAGUUGAGCGUGGAUGUUAGAAUGCAGGAAUCUUCGAAGCAGUUGGGCGGUAUGAAUGUUAACGAUCUUCCUGGACCAGAAUCAUUGCUAUCGGAAGGCCGCGAUGGUCAAACCAGAAUCGUAAGACACGCAGAUGGCAAGAUCAUGUGUUAUCAGUGGAGCAACGGCAAAUGGGAAUGCGUUGGCGACGUUAUGGGUGCUAAUGAGGCCAACACCGGGAAACAGCUGUACGAAGGCCGUGAAUAUGAUUUUGUAUUUUCUGUUAACCUGUCGGACGAUGCACCCAAUCUGAAACUGCCCUUCAACCGAGGAGAGGAUCCGUGGUUUGUGGCGCAACGCUUCAUCCACAAACACAGUCUUCCUCAGGCAUAUCUGGAGCAGGUGGCAAAUUUUAUUAUUACAAAUUCGAACAACGCGCCUGUACAAAGCACUGCUGAAUCUAGAUCGUUCUAUGAUCCAUUCACCGGUGGCAAUCGUUAUGUACCCGGCAGUGGAUCCAGUUAUCAACCAACCACAGCAAAUACCGAUCCAUUCACGGGUGGUUCCAGCUACACAACACAGACUCCCAAUGUUGGUGCUGGCCCGGGUGGCAAUAAUACUAGCGCCGGAAAUGCAGAUCCAUUCACCGGAGCUUCCAGCUACUCGACCGGUUCGAGUGAGACGAAAAAGGUCAACACUCACUUCCCCCAUCGCCAUUUCAUUACCAUGGAAAAUGCUGACCUCUCCAAGGUGUUGGUGAAGUUGAAGGAACUUAACAGCAAAAUUCAGGACGCCAGCCUACAAAUAUCCAACGACACUCUGGACGACAUAAUUCGCUACGUGAGCGAGUUGAACAAGGUGUCCGAGCAAAAUUCGACCUGCCUGACCGCUCUCAAGUAUCUUUACACCUGGCCAACGGAGAGCAUCUUCCCGGUGCUGGACAUCACCCGGCUCGUUGUUCGCGAUGCGAAUGCCUGCCGGGAACUGUUCGAGGGCGACUUCAUGCGGACCCUAUUGCAGCACCUGAACCAUCUGCCGGCGAACCAACUGAUGGGAAUACGCUGUUUUGUGAACAUGAUCUCACAUGGCAACGGGCGUAAUCUAGUGCUGGAACACAUUCGACCCAUCGUGGAAAAGUUGCGAGCGAUUCGGCAGGGCAGUGCCAACCUGCAAAUUGCGCUAGCCAGUUUCUAUCUGAAUCUAUCGAUGACUCAGUUGGAAAAACCGUCGCUCGAUUUCUGCAAGGUGUUUUCGGACGCGAUCGGUGAAUUUCUGGCUUGGUCCUCGGAGCCGGAAGCAACGUAUCGGGCUUAUCAGGCUCUCGGGAAUUUGAUGUCGGCACCGCAGGUUGGUUCUCUGGUGGUGAGCAAUAUACGCGCCAAUAGUGCGCUCAUCGAUCAGAUUCUGAUAGCGAUCAGCACCGAAGUGGAGGGUUUUGCGAAAUUGAACGAGUGUUCCAGCUAUCUGUACGAACUGCUGGCGUGAGCGUUAGGUUAGACUAGUACGGUUUGCUUCUUUUGAAUAGAAUUUGUUUAAGUUUAAGCUUCAUUACUCACUCUGCACUUGCUCUUAAUAAACGAAGAAACUUAGGUGUACAA